CAAUGGCGGCACUUUUUUCUCAAGCGUAACUACGCCCUAGCAUCGAGUGAUCAAGAAUGUGUUCGCAGGGAUUACACUCCUGAGUCGACACAAGGUUGCCAUACAACUUGCUUUAUUUUCUCGUUAAAUGGAACAAAUAGAGAAACGGGUCAAACCAGAACCUUAGGAGUCGGUCGAGGCUGCUCCAGUCAAUUUCUAACCGACGACCAACAUAUGCAUCUGGGACUCGGUACUCACACGAAGCUUUCUGAAGUUGGUACAUACUUACCGGCGGAUUUUGACAAGCUGGAAAUCUUUGAACACUGGUGUUUCUGUGCCACUGACUACUGUAAUACACAAGUAUGCUAUAGCCGGCCAUUUGGUAGCAGCGAAUUUGCAAACUCCUAUAUUGGCAAACGAUUACAGUACUCUUCUUACAAUUCCGAUUGGAGGUACCGUAACUGUACUAGUGGUUCAUUUGUUUUGUUUUUACUUCUGUUAUUGCCUUUGUCACUGUUUUCCAACAGCUGA